AUGUCCAUCUACGGGAAGUCCAUUAGAUGGGGAAUUGCUAUCCAGCAGCAGCAAGUGUUUACUGUGUGGGUGGUGUUGGUCUAUUUGGUUUGGUACAGCAGGCUGUCUAGUGCUGCUGCAGUACCACAUUGUACCAACGCCCAAGCAGGAUGCCACGUCCUCUCCCUCGCUAAUCUUUUUGACCGGGUCAUUCAACACUCAGCGAGGAUGCAUAGUAUUUCAAAUGACCUUCACUCCGAGUUUGAGCUUUACUUCCUCCCCAGUAAGAACCAGAUUGGCCGGGUCAGUCGCAACUGUCAUACCUCCACCAUCCUUACUCCAAAUGGCAAAGAGAACGCUCAGCGAAUGGCGAGAGAAGAGCUGACAGAGGUGAUUCUUAAGCUCCUGGUGGCAUGGCGAGAUCCUCUGUGGCAUUUCCGUGAGAGCAUGGCUCAUCAUCAUGAUUUCAAUAAAUUCAGCUCAAAUAAGUCCCUUGAAAUGAGUGACAUGAUGCAGAUGUUAGGAAUAUUAAGUAACUCUGUCAGCAGCCUGAGUACUCCAGCUUUGUUGGGAUCUGAUAGAGCUGAGUGGCGCAUCAUGAAAGACUUUGAUCUUCUCUACUGCUUUCGGCGAGACUCCAACAAGAUCCAGAACUAUCUGAAGAUCCUCAAGUGCCGAAUUGUUCCAGAGCACAGAUGCUAAAAGACAAAUGCUGUGAUAUCGAAUUUAACUGUUAGAGAUAUCAGUAAAGGAAACGGAUCAGUUAGAAAUAACACAAAUGAAGCAGUGUUUUUUGCUGUAUUUUCUGUUAAUUAGACAUGAACAGAUAAACUAAUAAUUUGUUGUGUUCUAUAAUAGCUGAGACACUGGGAAGCUAAAACUAUCUACAAGGCACUUCAAGCCAAAUGUUUUAUUGUUCAUCUUUAUCAAACUGAUGAUGGACAGGAUGGAAUGAGUGUAAUGCAUGUCAUGAAAUACUGUUAUUGAAAAAUUCUGCUAUAAAAAAUAAAAAACAAGUAUUGUUUUGUCAAAUAAAA